CAGUGUGACAGGUGGUGUACGUGUUACUACUUUCAUUUGUUUUAUUUUUGCGUUUGUUGUUUGGUGUUGUGAUAAAAAUUGUGCGGUUGUGUGUCGGAAGUUAUCAGAGUUUUGGAAAUUUUUGGAUUUUUUAAGAUGUUUUCGUGUUGAUAAAAAAUGAGUAUCAAAAUGGUGCCUUAUCCCUAUCGUCCCAGGAUGAUCGACCGGCUUCGAAACUUGUAAUUUCAGCUAUGCUGAAAUCCCUAGAAGAUUACAUAGUAGAAAUGGAAAAUCGUAGUGCCAUGGAUCACACUCAAACUCAAACCCCAUCAGAAGACGUCUGGACUCAAUUACAACAAAAAGAAAACGAUCUUUUAUUAGCAGCUGAACUUGGAAAAGCCCUUUUAGAGAAGAACGAAGAACUGAAAAAACAACAUGACGCCGUCAUUGAGGAUUAUUCAAAAAAAUUGGAGGCUGUUGAGCAAGACCGUCAUCUCCUAAAACGUAAACUAGCCAAUAAAGAAUCGGAAUUCGAAGGGCGCAUUCUCGAAUUACAAAACGACAUAACCGAACUAUCGAAUAAACUAGCAACGAAAGAAUCUGUCUUAAAACAAUGGGACAGAGAGAAAAGCAAUCUCGUGGCAGAACUAAACGCUCAAAAUGCUCGUCUUACAACUCAAUUGAAAGAAGCAGCAGCUGUUGAAAGUCAAUUACAACAACAAAUUGAGUGUUUGAAACAAGAGUGUGCACUUGGCAAAACGAAUCUUCAUGAACAUAUGAACAGUGUUGACACUUUACGAGAUGAACUAGAUUUGGUUACGGAGAAGAAUAAAGAGUUGGAGAGAAGACUGCAUAUGGCGGCAGCUGAACGAGACAGUUUGGCUAAUGCCUUGGAGGAGGCCUCAGAUAGAAUUUUGCUUCUGGAGAGGCAUGCCAGGGAGCAAGACUUGAGGUAUCAACAUUCCUUGAAGGAUUAUUCCCUGCCACAGGAGAAAUUAUCCAUUGAAGAUAGACUGAAUGCCGGUGAACAACGAUCUCUCUUAGCAGAAAUGGAUAUAAGCGAACCGACUUUAUCCCAAGAAUGCAUGUCCGUCUACCGCCAAUUGAGAUCUUUAGUUCAACAACUAAAAUCGCACAACGACGACGACAGCGGCUUACAUUCCGACUGUUCAACAACAUCAUUCGAAGAAAACGCCCAAUUUUCAGCCGGACUUUUAAGCGAAGUCGCCCAAGAACUAGUCGGUUUAGUCUUAGAUACAGACGUGGUGCGAUUACUCGAAAGACUUGAACAAGCUAGAAGGGAGAUACAAGAAAGGGACACGGAGUUGGCACGGAGAUCGGAAAAAAUCAUGGAACUAAGCACUAAAGUUUCUGUUUGCGAAGUGGAGUUGCAAGCGGCGAUGGAGGAGAGAGACAGGGCGAGGAACGACGCGUCGAAUUCUUCAUUGGCUCAAGAAGACGUCGUGAUUAAAGCAAGGGAAGACCGCGAUUUGGCGGUGCAGAGGAAAACCAAGGCUGAAGUCGAGUUGGCGAAGACUAGAGUUGAGUUGAUGCAAGCCAAUAGUCAGUUGUUGGAAGCUAUUCAACAGAAAGUUGAGUUGAGUCAACAGCUCGAGCAAUGGCAGAUGGACAUGCAGGAGUUGUUGGAUGAGCAGUUGCGCAGCAAGUUGACGUCGCAAGAAGUCAGUAUGAAGCAAAUUGUGGCGCCGGUGGCGCCCCCUCGAAGGAAACUCCUGAGUUUCUUCCUUCGAUAGCAUUCCGAAAAGUGGGAGAAUUUUGCCGAAUUCACAUUGCACGGAUCUGAUUAUUUUUGCAACGUGGUGGAGAUCUACAUUUUUGUUUUAUUUUGGAUUGCGUUUGUGAUUUUUCUUUGUUGUUUUAAACUGUUGCGAAACGUGAUGAUUUUUUUUGUUGUGAUCUGUCGAAUUGCACUUUGAUUUCUGCAAAUUCUCAGAAUGUUGGAGGUAAUUUUAGGCAAAAUCGAUGCUGUUCUGUGAUUUAAGAGUUUUUUAAGUAUUGUAGGUAUUUACAUAGAGAUUUUUAAUUACUUAUUUUUAGAUGUUUGUAGCGAAUUAACUUAGUUACCAAACACGUUUUGGUCUUUAAAGUCAAUUUGAAGUGCAUUUAAUCCGUCCGAUCGCUAAUUAAUGCUGUUACCUUGAUUAAGAAAAUGUAAAUAAACUAUUUUAUGAAA